AUGGAUGAGUCCAAACAAAAGCUCGAGGAGGUGCAGAUUCUUCUGAACAGGCUGGCGGCUUCGUCUAACAAGGAGAUUAGAAGGAUUUUGGAUGGGUUACCCUCAUGUCCGACAUCAAAGUCUAUCUUGGAUACCUUUUGCCUUCUUUUUAGCUUAGGGAGGUACAGUAACAAGGAAUUGCUUUGUUUUCUAGAUGCAUUCCAAAGGUUCAUACCUAUCUGCAGGGCAGACCUAAGCGAGGUUGGGGACAAGAUAGUAGAGCUUAAGUUUACUCCUUCGGAGAAAGACACCGAUCUUGUGAUCCUCAAGUACUUCGAAAUCACGAACACCAUAGCCGAGAGUAUCCAGUCGGAAUCCUCGAGAAGUGUUUUUAGUAGAUAUAUGUUUGUUCUCUCGAACAGUGUUGUAAGCAGAGGUGCGCAAGUAGAGGUGCUUGGGAGAUUCAGGGAGUUUCUCAAGAAGAAGAAAGGUCUUCUAAAGCUCUUUGCAGCUCGAAGAAUGUAUAGAAACAUUGGAUGCACAGAAGAUUUGAUCAUAAACUUCAGCGAGCUUCUUAGUGACGAGGAGAUGGUUGAAGUUGCACUAGAGUGCACCACCCUCCGAGGCUUUAUAAUAGCCAAAACAAGGAGUAGGUAUCUGUUCCAGAUGUAUCACAACGAACUUCCCUGGUGGUAUGUGAUGGGGAUGCAUGAGUCGCUGAUUCCGUAUUUAUACUACACUUUCGAUGGAGUUGGGCUUUACAAGAACGUCUCCAAGGAAGUGUAUGGCAGACUAGAUGAACAGGACAUAAUAAGGGCGAUGGACGAGGAUAUGAAGAGCAAGAUCUCACCAGAUGAAUGCGAUGUGCUUGGGAAUGUGUCUGAACAUAAGAAUAUGGCGGAUGAUGAAGGAAUGGUCGGAGUGAAGAGAGACAUAAGAAGAUUCAACGAAACGGGAUGCUUGAAAGAGAUGCUUGAGAAGUAUGGAGAGCAGAUGAGCUUUGAGUUUUUGAGGUAUUUUGAGGAAACAGACCUCCGGAGAUUGGGGGAAUUUCUGUGCAAGCUAAAGAACGAGCCUUUACUAAGGAUGUUUGCCGAGACAUUUGAUUUUCUUGACAUGGAUAUUCUCGAUGGUUUGAGGAUUUUUCUCCUUUCCUUCCACCUAUCUCCAGAGGGCCAGGUAAUUCAUAGAGUUGUCGAGGCUUAUGCCGAUAAGUACUAUUUGGAUAAUGCAGGAAUAUGCACGUUUAUGGACAUGGCCAAGGACAAGAAGACAAAGGAGUUUGUGUUUAAUCUCUCAUUCUCAUUUCUCGUCCUUAACACGAAGUUCCAUAACCCGAAUAUAAAGGUCAAACCUACAUUCAAGGACUACAUGAAGGACUUUACACCUGAGGAGAUUCCUCCUUCGUUUGGAGAGGAGUAUCUUGAGUCCAUGUACCAAUCCAUCAAAAAAAAGCCGUUGGAAUUCCCGGCCAAGAACCAGCCUGGAAAAGAACACUAUAAAGUAUUCAAGAAGGUGUGUAAGAACCUCCAAGAGAUGGAGUCAAGAGAAUCCAAGCUUAGAAUUCGGCUACUUGAGCCUGAACUUCCAGAGGGACUGAGGAUAUGUACAGCAUGCAGGAUGGAGGCCCACAGGAAGUUGUUUUCGACAGAUUUCAAGAGAUUUCUUUUCCUGGACCCUAAGGUGUUCUACCAAAUAUGCAGUAGGCUAAGGAUGACACAUAUAUUUGAAGAGUAUCUGAAUGCCCAUAAAGAAGAUACCCAAAAAUUCAUUGAGUCCUUUGUCUAUUAUCUGGGAAUGGAAGGAAAGGCCAGCCUGUAUGCAACUCUACUCGAUGUUCUUGCAAGGACCGACAAGCAAAGGAGCAGUGGAAUGCUUUCGGAUCUUGGAAUUUCGUUUCUAAAGAGCUCACCAGGAAAAGACAGGGUCCAGCAACAAUAUAGAGACGCAUACAAAGAACUUUUGAAUUCGGAAAUCCCUAAUGUCGGCCUCCUAUGCGAAGGUUUGUGUCUCUUUCUUUCAAGAGAUGUGUCUGGAGGGGUGUCUGGGGAGGAAGAGAUGGCUUCCCAGAAGAGAAGGCAGAGAUCUAUAGGGUUUGUAAAGGGUGUGGUUGUUGACAUUCUUAAGAGGAACAUCUCGAAGGUGGAGGAUCUGUCGAUGCUGGACGACGAGAACAUUGGGGUCUUACUGAGGGAAUGUGUUGAAACAGGAAACAGGAAGAAGUUCUGCCAUAUAUCCAAGUUUGUCUCGGAAGAAAGACUUCUUUUUUAUUUCCGGCAGGUUUUGGAGGAAAGCCCAGGGUUUUUGGACGAUGAGAUUCUGGAGGUAUUCAAGAGGAUCUCCAUCUAUAAUGAAAAUGGAUUCCACUGCAUUCUGCUUCUACAGAGUAAUGGAGUUGAUAUGUUUGACUUUGUAGUCACAGUAAAAUACGAAAGUAUUGUCUGCAGAGCUAUAAAUGCUCACGAAGGAGAAGAUGGAGACCAAUCUGAACAGUCGAGGCUGGAGUUUUCUGGAAAAGACACUUUGAAUUGUUACACUGUUGAAGAAAAGUAUGGGGAGAGCCUGUCUGUUCCCUCGAAUCUGUUUCACUUCUAUGUAUCUUCCAAUUCUGUUCUGAAUCAGUCAAAGGCAAGAUCGAUUCACAAGUCUGGGUGUCCUCUGAAAGAAAAGCUGUUUAACCGCGAAGAAAUGGACAAGAGAUUGAUAUACAUGAUAAAGAAGGCGGACUCGAUGAACAGUAAGGACAUAACCAACUAUGCCCUUUGGAUUGUGAACCUUCUAUCUUCAAGCCUUCCGUUGCUGUCUAAGUUCUUUGUCAGGAAUUUUGGGCUUCUCCUUACCUUAAAGGACCAGACAAUGACAAACAACUUCAUCAAGAUAUUCUACUCGAGAAUAUGCAAGGUAAUAAAUGGGUCUGAGUUGUGCUGCCGCUGCGGAUAUUCCUAUCUGGACGAUGUGGAGAAGCUUAUCGAGAUGCUGUUGAAGUAUGACCUUGCAUCGGAAAAGGACUUUGAAUUCUACUUUAAAGGAAAAUCCGAAAUGAUAAAGAGCGGAAGGGUUAAGGUUGGCGAAAGGGGUGUGCAGCUGGUUAAUUCCAAGGAGAAGAAUGACGGAAGUGAGAACAACAGUGGAGAACCUGGAGAGGUAGCGGUGGUUGGGGAGCCAAAUAUCAAAACAAACCCUGACUUCAAUCUAUAA